AAAAAAUAAGAUCAACAGAACCAUGUUUUUAAGAAGCAGCUUGGAUACCAUCAAAUUUAUUAUUUUGUUAAUCUAUUAUUGUUUUGAGGCCUUUGUUUUGAUGUUCUUUUCUGUUCAAAAGGAUGUUUCUGGGCAGGUAGUUCUUGUUACAGGAUCAGCCAAUGGAAUUGGAAGACAGAUUGCACUGAAUUUUGCACGCCUUGGCACAAUUCUUGUUCUCUGGGACACUGAUGAAGAAAACAACAAAGAAACCGCAGAGCUUGUCCUGGGCAAUGGAGCUCUUGCUGUUUAUACUUACAAGUGUGACUUGAGCAAGAAGGAAGAAAUCUAUGCAGUGGCAGAUCAGGUGAAAAAAGAAGUAGGAGAUGUAGAUAUUCUAAUCAACAAUGCAGGUAUAUUGAGUGGAAAGGAUUUUAUUGAUCUUCCUGACUCUGAUAUGGAAAAAACACUAGAAAUCAACACUAAAGCACAUUUCCGGACAUGCAAAGCCUUUCUUCCAGCCAUGAUUGCAUGCAACCAGGGACAUUUGGUUACUAUCGCAAGUGUAGCAGCACUGUGUGGCUGCUUUAAACUCACAGACUAUUCUGCAAGUAAAUUUGCAGCAUUUGGCUUUAUGGAAUCUAUUGCAUUUGAACUAAGAAAAGCAGGAAAGAAAGGCAUUAAAGCUACUAUCGUCUGUCCUGGAUUCGUGGAUACAAAAUUAAUUACUAAAGCAGAAUCAGCGAAGCCAAUUCUACUUCCUGUCUUCAACCCAGAAUAUAUGGGCAAGCGGAUUGUGGAUGCCAUUCUGAAAGAUAAAUUUUAUGUGGUCCUGCCAGCCUAUGCACGACUCAUUCUUCUUAAAAUGUAA